GUCGUUUCUCGACGCCUCUCUACACAGCAGCAGCAGCGUUUUGCAAUGCGAGGCUCUCUUGAGAGUUGCAGUGCCGUACAACUCCAAAGUACGUGAGGCAACCAAGAACAGAAUAAGUCUGAGAGGAGAUGGAGCGAUGAAAUCAUCCCGUGUGCAGAUGCUUGCAAAGAAUGCAGCAAAACAUCGAGGCCUGUAAAUUAAGGUCGCACUGUCUGGAUUCAUAUUUUGAGCUGGACACGAGCUGGACAAGCGACGGAGGAGUUUGAGCAUCUGCGGCGUGGAGAGCGGAGUAUCAUGACCUCGCGGAGAAACCCAACGGGGCUCACGAUGGGAGUAAAACUUCUCCUCAUGAUCUCUUUACUGCACAAAUUGUCUCUUGCCAAGGAGUGCGGUGAUGGAUUCUACAAAUCACAACGAGGCAUCUGUUGUGAGCUGUGCCCUGCAGGGACAUACAAGAUGUUCGACUGUGCAGCUAAUAAAAGGAGAGCGAGGUGUGAUCUAUGCCCUGAGGGCAGCUUCAUGAGCAGAGUCAACCAUGAGGAGAAGUGUGCACCGUGCAGCAGUUGCGGACAAGAUGAGGAGGUGGCUCACAACUGCUCCGUGGCCCAGGACACCGUGUGUCAGUGCAUUCAGGGGCUCAAGAGAGACCCUGGCUCAGGGAUUUGUCUCCAUGAAAAGCCCCACACAGAUGUUUGUUUCUCAUCCUUUGGGAAACUACACUGCACCUGCAGCAGCUAUAGUUUUGGGGUCUAUCCUUGGACUGGUACUGUCUGCAUUUAGUCUCUUUCUACUAAAGACAAAACGGAAAUGGCUGACUUUGAAAAAAACAUCGGAGCAUUAUGGCAUUGCUUAUAGAAAGAAUAAUGAUGAAGGCGAAGAACUUGCUGCUCUUGUGUUCAUUGAAGUUCAGGGGAGCCAGAAGAGUGAAACAAUGAAACUCAUCCGAGAGAACCAAGAGAAUCUCAAGGCCUGGAUCGGAGUAGAUCCCUCACACCUCCUGGAGCAUCUCAAGGACUAUGAGUGGAUUCCUCACCACGUUUACAACGCAGCCAGGAAGAGGCACGGAGAGGAGUGUGUGGAGCACAUACUGGACCACUUCUUAAAAAAAGGAGACACAGGCUGUAAGGAACUGUGGGAAGCACUCUUCUUUGUGAGGAAGCACUAUUUGCAGCUGUGGAGGUGGCUUCACAACCGAGGUGACGCAAUACAGUGCAUUCGAGAGAAUAAGUCAGCUCUGAAGCUGUGGAUCAGUAGGGACCCACACCAUCUCCUACAGCAUCUGAAAAGACAAACAUUCAUCCCUAAUGCAGUCUUCGCUAAAGCCAAGGGCAUGAAUGGCGGCGAGAAGGGUGCAGAGCUACUUCUAAAUUACUUCAUCAAGAGAGGCAAUGAUGAUUGCCUCCAGCUGCUGAUUUCCCUGCAAGCCGUGCAAGAUGAGUAUCCUGAAGUCAAACAGUGGCUGGGCUCUCUUGGUAAGAAAUUAUUUUAUUUAUAAUGCCUUACACCUCUUUCAUGUAAACAACGGGAAAGAUGAUCAUUUGGAGGACAAGCAGACAAUCGUAACUCUGCCACAGCAGCCCUGUAAUCUUAACACGUAGGUUUUUGCAACAUCAUGAUUCAUUUUGAUUUAAAGCU